CAUCCAGUCCUUCGCCGAACACGAUGACUACAAAUCAAAGAGAUUUUUCAAAAUCUGCUGCAUCCGGAAAAAGGUCUAAGAAUCGGGAGGAUAGACCUCAACAACUUACUGCAGCUUCUAUUGAAAUAAGGUCAAAGAAUCGGGAAGGUGGACCUCGAAAACAAGUUACUACAACUUCUCCUGAAAUGAGGUCUAAGAAUAAACAUGAUAGGCUACAAAAACAAAAACCACAGACCUCAAAGCGUGGGAGGUCACAAACAAAUGACGAAGAAGAACAUCCUGUUAGAAAGAGACAAAGACAUGCUAAAGGAAAGAGAACAAUGGUUUCUGUUGAACAGUUUAAAAUAAGAAGACCUAAACUAGUUGUAAAGAUAGGGGUGAAAGUUAUUGUUGAUGCCAUUGAGAAAUUGAACUCAAAACAAAUAGCUGCUUUGGAAGAGAUGGGGUUUGGGCAGCUUGUACAUUUGAAGAUAAGAAGUAUUCCUGCUAAAAUGACAUUUUCACUCCUCGAAAAUUUUAAUCAAGACAACUGCUCUAGAAUAAAACUUAUUGAUGAUCAACCAUUACACAUCACCGAGGAGGAUGUGCAUGCUACCUAG